AACGCCUUCAGUCCCAAAAUGUCCCCAUCAACUAACAUUCCAACAACUAGUCGUAGAAGCGUACAAAAAAUAGCGGCGAGGAUAUAAAAUAAUCUGCGAUGGUCUUCGCAUAUAAGAGAUAUUGAUCCUGGCGAGCUUUGCUAUACUCGAGGCAGGGUUUGUAAGUAUUGUCCAUCAUUGACGCUCAACAAUGGACGACAGGUAAACACCAACUAUGUACGGAUAUUACGGGCCUUUUAGCAACAAGUGCUUGAGUGUUCGAGUAUCUCCAGGGUUGAGUUUCGGAGAUCUGAUGGCGACGGCCAUUUAUUGCAGGAGUAUUAGAAAAUUGAGCGCAAAUCAUUUCAUCUGCAACAUCGUCAACACAAGCGCCCGGUCUUCAGGAGCGUUCCUCGUCAGCUGCGUAUCUGCACAAAGUGCCUUUCAUGCCAGCGCCGAAGUCGCAGCAGUCCGGGCCUACUUCUACAUCGGCGGUGGUUACAGCGACAAUGGAAAUGGUAGUCACAUCUUCAAAGGCCAGAUGUACAUGGAAAAGCAGGCGCCAGCCUACUCUGUUGUUGCAGUACCAAUCACCGCCACAUCUAUAGCCAACAACUCAGAUUCGAUCGUCUUGAUCCACGGGCAAGGUCAGACUGGAACCAACCUCUUGAACAAGCCGGCCGGCCAUACUGUCUACAUUAUAGAUCAAACCUUCCGGGAACGCUCAGCUUGGGCAUCUUGCGGUGGAGCAUCUGCAACAUUAACGUACUCAGCCAAGUUGAUACAGCAGCGCUUCACCGCUCCCGUACGAUACCGCCUGUGGCCUCAGGCCGAGCUGCAUACACAGUGGCCAGGCAUGGGCAUCGUGGGUGAUCCUGUGAUCGAUGCCUUCUAUACAUCCAACAUCCAACUCAUCUCCAAUGCUACGUACCAGCAGCGAAAGGUGCAGUCGGCUAGUAUAAAUCUUUUGGACUUGAUCGGAAGCCCCGUAUGGCUGCUCGGACACAGUCGAGGAGGUCUGAUGCCCCUGCUUAUCGCUGAUGCGCGUCCAACGGUCUUUGGGUCUAGCUCAGCUCGCCCGUGGGGAUUGACAGAUAUCCCUUCUAGCUAUUCACUUCCGGUGGCCGAUCCUCUUGUUGACCUUGUACGGCCCUGCGUCCUGCAAGCAACAUCUCCCGCCCCAAGACAGCUGCCUAAUCUAUCACCCCUGCUCAUACUUACUGUGACCGAAGUGUUGAAAGCCGGAAUAUGGCCGGCGAGUUACCACACGCCGUACGACUAUUGCAAAGUAGUAUUUUUGAAGCAAGCCGGCUCCGGCUGUGAGAAAGCAAGCCAUCUCGAUCUUGGCAAAGUUGAGGUCCAUGGUAAUGGUCGUAUGAUAUUCAUGGAGAAAAACAGCGAAGAAAUCUGA